CUGUAGUCUGUGGUGUCAACUGGUUGUGGCUGACUUGUGUGGCGCGUGCACGUGUUGCAAAUGCAAUAGCAAAAUAGAAAAUUAAGGAACAAAUGAACAGUAUUUUUUUAUGUUUUAAAUAUUUAUCUCAUUUUCAAGAACUAGUUUAAAAUGCUGGCUAUGUUAUGAAUUGAUCUACCACACCCACAGAUGUCCAUAUCAGUUUUAUGAUAUCGGAUCUAUAAGGCAUGGAGAUGUCGCACCAGGGGGGAGCUGAGGCCGAGAGCCUCUUGCGCCCUGACCGCAACGCUACCGUUAUGCCGCAGAAACGUUGGGAUGCGAGUGAGGGCGAGAAAGCGCCGUUCCUUCGAAAUGAGCCGGUGCGGUUAACGCCCGCCUGGGAAGGGUCAAACCUGCCCAAUGAUACGCUUAAUUUGAAAGGGAUCGCGAUGGAUUUGGUACCGCCGAAGGACAAAUGGAAUUUAAUAUACCUCACAUUAAUUCUCCACGGGCUGGGGACUUUGACGGCUUGGAAUAUGUUUAUAACAGCGAAAGACUACUUCGUGAGUUACAAGUUGGCAAAUGCUCCUGUAUAUGCAUCGAACCUAAUGCCUUAUAUCGGCUGGGCGGCACAAGUACCGAACCUAAUAUUCAGCUGGAUUAAUAUUUUUGUCGAAAUUGGCGGUGACUUGACCACUCGUAUCGUUUGGUCGCUCUGUCUGGAAGUCGUAAUGCUGGUCGUGACAGUGAUAUUUGCGAUGGUUGACAGCUCAGAAUGGCCCGUCAUUUUCUUCUGGGUAACGAUGGUCACUGUCUUCGUAUUAUGCGGUGUCAAUGCGAUAUUCCAAAACUCAGUAUACGGUGUGUCAGCUCGCUUGCCUCCUCAAUACACCGGAGCAGUAGUUCUAGGAUCGAAUAUCGCCGGCACUCUCGUGGUUUUCCUGAACUGGGCGAGUGACGAGUUUACCCAGAACCACCGAACGUCAGCUAUCUAUUACUUUAUAUGUGGGAUAUUCGUGCUCCUGAUCUGUUUCGACACCUACUUCGCCUUACCGCUUAAUAGAUUUUACCGCUACCACGUGACAUUGCAAGAGCGAACCUUACAAGUGAACCCAACUCUAGCGACCAACAAUCCUCCAGUGAAACAAAAGACCCCCUACGGACUUAUCUUAAGACAGGGCUUUAUACAAUUCUACAAUGUAUUCCUCACAUUCUUCGUCACUCUCACUGUAUUUCCCUCAAUUCAUUCAGAUAUCAAACCCAUGUCUACGGAUUUCUUUGGAAAUCAGUUCACUCGUAUCACGUGUUUCUUGACGUUCAACGCUAUGGCCAUGAUUGGGAGUAUCACGGCUAGUCUCUGGCAAUAUCCAACUCCUCGAUGGCUCUCAGUAUUUACAACACUGCGUAUCCUAUUCAUCCCACUGUUCCUACUAUGCAACUACCAGCCACUUGGCAAACAACGGACGUUACCCGUGUUAAUUAACAAUGAUUGGGUCUACUGGGUUAUGGCUAUCGUCAUGGGAUGGAGCUCUGGCCAUGGAAGUUCUCUUGGAAUGAUGUAUAUUGGCGGGACCGUAGCGCCCGAGCACGCAGCUACCGCGGGCAUGUUAGGUGCCGCAAUGCUCGUAACGGGCAUCGUCUCUGGAAUCACCCUCUCGCGCUUCAGCCCCUCCUUUGUGUCACUGGACGCCUGGUCCAGCAUGUAGCGGCUAAUUUCGAAUCUGGGAACUUUCUGGAACAUUAUAGUGCUCAAGUGAUUUUGAAACCUUUGAGCUGAAAUACUAGAACGUGUUCUGAAAAUAUGACAUGACCUAAAGAACAAGUUUUAGAAAGGGAGUCUAGUGAAGUGUGACGUGAGUAGAAAUGGUGGACAUUGAAAAAUACAUUUUAAAUUGUUGAGUUAGAUAUUGUUGAUAUUGUAUAAGUUAUAAAUACAUAAUGGAAAAUAUGAAACAAAAUUCUGAAUAAACAGAAUUUUUAUUAAGAAAUUAUGACAGCUAUACUGAAUAUAUUAGAUAUAAAAGAAACUAAAAUCAUGUUGAAAUUGACUAAUACCGUUUCAUUGUUAAUAAAUACGACUGAAUGAAGUACUAUUAAUUCUAACUAGAUUCAUUGAAUAAGAGUAAGUAAUAUGCAUUCGGGUGUUCUUCAAAGAAGUCUAAAGCUAGACUAAAAUCAUUAAAAUAUAUAAGUUAUAGAUUAAAAAUAAAAUGUUACUAUUUAUAGAGUAUUUAGUAGUUAGUACAGAAUGUUCGGAAGACAGAUGACAUUUUAUAAUUAGGUAUCUUAGGUAUCUUUGAAUAGCGUAUACGAUUUUACUUAUACGUACGUAAGUUCGUUGAACCUAUAAUAAUAUUAAUUUAUUUGAAAUAAGUUUUUCAAGUAAACUCUAAGAGAUAUCUAAUUAUUAAAAUGUCUUUACAUUAGAUUGGAAUGUAUGAUUGUAUUAUUAAAAUUGUUUGAUUUCAUUUAUGUGCUAAGAGAAUUUAUAGGUAGAUUAUAUUUUGUUUAUCCUCAUAGAAUUAAGUUUUUAAUCCAAAGCAAAGAACCUAUGGACUAUUAUUUUUGUUAGAUUUAUUACCAACAUUUCAAAUUGGUUGCAGUUUUAAAAUGAAGGUGGUAUGUCAUAGUUAUUAUAGUUACGGAGAGUUAAAUAUCAAGUCAUAUUUGUACAAAUAAUACCAUUGCUGGUAUGAUAAAAAUACUAAUUAAUAAAAAUAGGAUUAUAUUUCUUAGAAAUAACACAAACCACAUGACAUUAAUUAUCAGACAAAUUGUUUUAAAGGGUGCUACAAAGGAAUUGCUCUUAAAUUUUUGACUAAAGCACAAAGUAUGUAUAUGUAAUCUCUAGAAUUAGUAUUUGCGUACUAAAAUCAUGUUUUGACUGAAUUUUAAUGGUGUAUUCAUCGGAUUGUUUUGAAAUCAAUUGCAGUUUUAAUAAAUCCUAACUUCUGUAUAUUUUCCGACCAGUAAACUGGUCUGUGAGUCAUUUGAGAUGCAUUUAUUUUGCCAAGUACCAUAUUGACACAAAUAUACGUAUUAAAGAAACAGUUAAAUCUUGAUACAUCAAUACAAGUAUAAAACUGUGUAUAUAUUUUUAUUUUCUUGCAUGUUUAAGUUUUCAUCUUAUUUUGUGUAAUGUGAGUUAGUUUUUUACCAUGUGUUUUUUUUUUCAAGAAAUAUUGUUUCCUUGUAGUUGAAAACUUUAUGAAUGGUAUGUUACGAAAACCAAAUAUUACAAAUUAGGAAGUAAUUUGUCAUCAUACGCUAGCCAUUGUUAAUUUUAUUUAUUGCCUAGUAAAUUUUUUUCUAUUA